GGCUCGACCAGCCGAGCGAGCGGCGGCCCCGGCUCCUCCUCGUCCGGCGCCAGCAGCCCGCGCCCCGCGCCCGCACUCGGCCAGCCGAGACCCGCCUCCCGCCCGCCCGCCGGCCUCGUGAGGGACGCGCCGAGCCGGGCGGCCGAGAGCGGCGGCGGCUGGGAGCGCGUCGGGCCCGGGCGGAAAGUGCCUGCGGGGGGCGGGCGAGCGCGCGGUGCCGGCCGCCCCGGGGCUCGGCGCGGGAGCCAGAGCGGGAGCCGGCGCGGAGCGGGACGCCGGGUCCCGAGCGGCCCGCGGCCGGGGCUCGCCCCCGCCCCUCCCUCCUCUCCGGCGGCGGCGGCGGCGGCGGCGGGCGGAGUGAGCUGCGGAGCCUGGAAUAUGGUCGGGGAAAUGGAAACGAAGGAGAAGCCGAAGCCCACCCCAGAUUACCUGAUGCAGCUGAUGAACGACAAGAAGCUCAUGAGCAGCCUGCCCAACUUCUGCGGGAUCUUCAACCACCUCGAACGGCUGCUGGACGAAGAAAUUAGCAGAGUACGGAAAGACAUGUACAAUGACACAUUAAAUGGCAGUACAGAGAAAAGGAGUGCAGAAUUGCCUGAUGCUGUGGGACCUAUUGUUCAGUUACAAGAGAAACUUUAUGUGCCUGUAAAAGAAUACCCAGAUUUUAAUUUUGUUGGGAGAAUCCUUGGACCUAGAGGACUUACAGCCAAACAACUUGAAGCAGAAACCGGAUGUAAAAUCAUGGUCCGAGGCAAAGGCUCAAUGAGGGAUAAAAAAAAGGAGGAGCAAAAUAGAGGCAAGCCCAAUUGGGAGCAUCUAAAUGAAGAUUUACAUGUACUAAUCACUGUGGAAGAUGCUCAGAACAGAGCAGAAAUCAAAUUGAAGAGAGCAGUUGAAGAAGUGAAGAAAUUAUUGGUACCUGCAGCAGAAGGAGAAGACAGCCUGAAGAAGAUGCAGCUGAUGGAGCUUGCGAUUCUGAAUGGCACCUACAGAGAUGCCAACAUUAAAUCACCAGCCCUUGCCUUUUCUCUUGCAGCAACAGCCCAGGCUGCUCCAAGGAUCAUUACUGGGCCUGCGCCGGUUCUCCCACCAGCUGCCCUGCGUACUCCUACGCCAGCUGGCCCUACCAUAAUGCCUUUGAUCAGACAAAUACAGACCGCUGUCAUGCCAAACGGAACUCCUCACCCAACUGCUGCAAUAGUUCCUCCAGGGCCCGAAGCUGGUUUAAUCUAUACACCCUAUGAGUACCCCUACACAUUGGCACCAGCUACAUCAAUCCUUGAGUAUCCUAUUGAACCUAGUGGUGUAUUAGAGUGGAUUGAAAUGCCAGUCAUGCCUGAUAUUUCAGCCCAUUGACUUGCUGGAUGAAGGACUAGAAUACAGCAGCUGUUAUAACACGACCAGUCAAUGUGGAACAAACUGUUUCUGUGCAACCCCUUUGUUUUACCAGACAAAAUUUGAAUACUUUUUUUCCUGAAUUGUAUAUGACCUUGGUGCUGCAUGCAUGCUGUUGACUUUUAGGACUUUGAUCUUUUAAGGUUUUUUUCCCCAGCAUUAAUAUUGAUUUAUAAAGAUUUGAAAAUCUUUAAUGAACUGGAGAACGCUAAGAUUUAAACUCGAAAAUUCGUUGUUCAAGUAAAGAAAGCCAUGAUGCUCUGUAUGUUAUCUGUGUGUGUGCAUGCACUCAGGUGCCCUUUGUUUCAUGAACAAAUACAUUUCAUUGUACAUGUUUUCUGUUUAAAUCAUUGUAUAAAGUAAUUGCAGGUCAGAAUUAUACCACAGAACUGUUUAUGAGAGGCUUGUGUCUGUUGCACAUUUCUUGAAGCAUUUUUAAAAUAACAUGUAACCUGUAACCUUGUUGUUUAAGUUUUCUUUUCUAUUAAUACUCUGUCCUGUGGUCCCGUGCAUGCUCCUUUUCCCAGAACUCCUCUCUGCUGCACCCACAGCAUCUGUUCCCGAGGAGUUAUGACUCUUGACUUCCUGCAGGGCUGGGGCUCUUAGCCACCAGCUGCUGUUCCAGCACUUUCAGUGCAAGAUCUUCCUGAUUUUGCCACGUGGAAUUGUACUUGUAUAUGAUUACCUUAUCUAAAAUGAAUAAGGGGUGAUGGACCAGUUUACUGCUUAGAAAUAGCAAGAGGCACUGCAGUAAAACUUGUUUCUCAUUGUAAAGCUUCAUGUCUUUUGUUUGUUGGAAAAUUUUUACUUAUAGAAACUUAAUUAUUAGACUGGUAAAAUAAAGACCAAAAUAUGCAGAUUUCUAAUUGGCAUUCAUAAGGUGAAUAAUAAUAAGUGCCCAAUGAAAAAAUCUAUUAUGGUUAAUUUCAUUUCUUGCUUUGCCACCUAAGCAGUAAAACAUGAUAUUGACCACUUGGAGAACUCAGAAAAUUAUUUUAAAUUUCUAAGUUAUAAUAAAUUUGCACACAGAUAACAUGCAUGCUAAUUAUGUCACAUCUCACAUUAAAUUAUUUUAAAAUAAGCAGUGCCCUUCAAAACAGAUGCAGACAUGUGUGUUGGUAGUAGUGAGGAGAUUGGUAUUAGCAUCAAGUCUUCAUUGAUGACUAAUUUUUAAUUCCCUUCCUUUUAUCUUUAGGUAUGGCUUUCCCAACGAAAGGCUAAGAAUUCAAGAACGGUCUUAACUGAACCCUCAUCAGAUCUGAAUUUAACAAAUGCUUAGUCUCAGCAGCCUCCGGGGGAAAAAAGCUUAGCCUAGCAGUCAGUGACUUACUUGCACUUUUUGCACAUAGAUAUAAAGUAAAAUUAUGUUAUUAAUUUGGUUUAGUCUGUAAUAUUACACAGUAAUGGUAAUUUAUAAAGGAGUGUAUAGUAGUAUACUGACUGCUAAGUGUACUAUACUGUUUGCUUUACUAAUCACCUAAUUCAUUGCAGUUCGUACUUAUUGACUCAGAGUUUAAAACCACAAUCUGUAGGCUUUAAGAAUUGCUUUUAAACCUUUUUAAGUGAUAAACUCUUGAAGUGGUCUUAAGGUUAGCAAAUAAUUGUCAGUAUUAAACAUGGCGUUAUUUAAGUAGUCCUGCUGCAAGAAAGGCACUUCAGUGAAUAUGUGACUAGUAAAGCUUAAAUAUGUUUGGAUCUAAUAGAGCUCAUGAAAAAUACUGUAACUUGGGGAUUGUAAAUGAAUGGAUACAAUAGGUUAAGGCCCAAGAUGUUUGAAAUGAAUGCAAUAUUAAUAGAUGCAUAUAUACAUGACAUAUUGUGGUUAAUUUUAAAACUACUGUGCCUUAACAUGUUUCUUAAACUUUUGUAGUAAAUGAACAUUUGAAAUCCAUUUUGAUAAACCUGCUGUUAAUGUUUUUUCCCCCCCUUGUGAAUGUUUUCUAACUUUGUCUUGGUAAUUGCAAUUUAACUAGGUGCGGUGGCUACUAAAGUUCGAAGGCACGAUAUGCGUGUCCAUCCUUACCAAAGGAUUGUGACCGCAGACCGAGGUUAGUUUAGUUCUGCAGUUCUUGUCUAUAAGAAAUGCGUUGGGUGUCCAUAAAAUUUGCAACACCACACCUGAUGGAAAAAUGUAAUUGCUUACCUGCACACAGUUUUUUUUCCUUUUCUAAAUUUGUUUGUGAUCAUUGACAGAUUUAAGGGUUGGGUUUUUUGUUUUGGUUUGGUUUUUUCUCCCUUCAUAUUUUAACUUAUUAAAUCUUCUAUUAUUAUGUACUAUGAUUUAUUCCUACUAAAACAUAAAUUAGUCAAUUUGGGGAGCUAUUAAAUUUUGAUGUUGCCUCAGUUAUUUUCAUUAAUAACUUUUGCUAAAAUUUACGUUUUAAAAGUUCUGAAAUUUGGGGUUGGUAUUGCAAAAUGAACGGAUGGUGCUUUAAUGAGAGAAGUAAAGGAAUAUAUGCCUCCUGUGUACUUUUGGAGAAAACUGAAGAUUUAGUUUCCAUUUUUCUUUAUAAUAAAAUAUUUGAGCCACUGUAUAAACAUGAGGGUGCACAUGUCAAGUACUUAGCUAAAAUCAACAAAGUGGGGACUGUGAAGAUAACUUUCAUGUAGUUGGAUUUUUUUUAUAUAAAUUAGAGCGUCAAUUCCCUUUUAUUCUUACAUUCUCUUGCCAAAAUGGAUCCUUUGAUUUUUGUCAUUUGCUGCUAAAAUAUAUUAUCUGAAGGUAAACUGUCUCUUGAAGUUCUGUGGUGAUAUGAGAUCCAGCUGUGUGAAUAUAAUUUUUGACUAACCUGUGACUGGAAAAUAAGUCUUCAUUUUUCUCCUUUACAACUUUUAUAAUUUGUGUCCUGUAUAUGCCCUUGGACCCUUUUGUAAAUUAUUUUUGCUUAUUGAGGAAUGGUAUUUUCGGUUUAUUGACAUUGAAUUGUUUUCUAAGUUUUUCCAUCACAAGAUAGGAAUAUCAAGCAUGGUAGUAAAAAAGGAUUUUUUUACAAGUUUCUAUUAUGGCACAUUUGUUUCCUACAAAUUAAAUUGAUCAAAGUCUCAAAUAUUAGUGGAGGAAAAAGUGCUGGAUUUGUACUUCAAUUGUACAUCUUCUAUGAAUUUAUGAAGGACCUACCUGCUUCAUGUGAUUACCUUGAGUACUGAUGAUAAAUACUAGACACAGCUGUUGUCCACAUCAGAAAUAACAUGCCUUUCCCAAAGACAUUGUUAAUAUUUGUUUAGCGUAAUCCAUAAAGAACGUCGAAGACUUUUAAACUAAUGUAUACAUCACUAACAGUGAUUAUUCAGUGAACAAAAUAGACCCCAGCUCCGUGGUCGUCUAUGAGGAUGAUAUUCCUUGUAAGUGUUCUGUAUGAGCACGUCUCAUAGGGAUGGGGAAAUUUUUUGGAAAGUCACUUGAGUUUUAAAGAAACUGGACAAUUCCAUGAAUAAUUUGAGGUUUUAUUCAUAUUGCUAAUGUCUACAAUUGUUCUAAAGAGUAUUUUAAAGUAGUUUUUUUUUUUUUUUUUUUUUUUUGAGAUGGAGUCUCGCUGGAGUGCAGUGGCGUGAUCUCAGCUCACUGCAGGCUCCGCCCCCUGGGGUUCAAGCCAUUCUCCUGCCUCAGCCUCCCGAGUAGCUGGGACUAUAGGCGCCCACCACCUCGCCCGGCUAUUUUUUUGUAUUUUUAGUAGAGAUGGGGUUUCACUGUGUUGGUCAGGAUGGUCUCGAUCUCCUGACCUCGUGAUCCGCCCGCCUCGGCCUCCCAAAGUGCGGGGAUUACAGGCGUGAGCCACCGCGCCCGGCCUUAAAGUAGUUUUUUUCCCCCAGCUAAUCUUUCCCUAUAUGCCCCCUUUUAGGAGAUUUCUCACCAUUUUGCUUUAACACAAUAAUUAUUGGCCUACUUAAUACUCCAGUGCCUUGAGAUAGUUGGACAUAUUUUAGGAAGAUUUUAUUGUAUUUGGAAAAUUACGACACAUUCCAUGCAUGGAUCUUUUGUAGUUACGUGUUUUGAUUAGUCCUGUCACUGUUUUUAUUUAAAAUGCAGUGUCAGCAAACCGAAAUGCUCAUUUCUUUUUUAGUAACAGAGUACUCGUGUACUUAUCACUGUGUGCACUCAUUGGGUCUAAGGGAGAUGUCUGAAGUCCUUCACUUAAAUUAUUUUACGAUACUACUGUUUUCUCUAUUUUUGAGGUUAAAAUUAUUUUUAAAAAAUAUUUUGAAGAGAAGUUUAUUAGUAUAAGCAUUCAUUUAAUGCAAAAAAACUCAGCCCUUGGACAUAUAACCAUGUAAUUCUAUAUGAACGUUUAGAGUACUACAUGGUUGACCAAUAUCUAGUUCUUUACUAAAAGUAAACUCACCUCUUUAUAUAUAUUUCAAAACUGAAUUUGAAGCCUAUUAGAGACCAACUGACCUUUUAGUUGUAAUGAACUGUAUGGUCUUGCAUGGUGACACACCUGUGUAGGAGGCCAAGACUUGGCAGAGGAUGUAGUCUAGGUGUCCUGGUAUAUAUAAAUGGUCACUCACUUCGUUUAUAUAUUCCACACUCAGAAAAGAAGUCAGAAAUUUUUCUGAGUAAUACAGAAACCAUCACUUACAUAAUUUGUGUAAGAAACUUUAAACAGUUUUAAUCAAAACUAUGAGUAACAUCAAAAAUGCUUUAAGAUUCUAUAUUUUGGAAUACCUGUGAAGUAGUAUGACUACAUCAUGUUAAAUAUUUAUUUUCUUCUAUGAUUUUGGAGCAGCAAUUUUUAUUUUAAAUAAAAUUCCACUUUUAAGAAAUUCAGGGAAGAUUUGGUCACAUUGAAGAUACAGUAUUUUUGUAGUAUUUAUAAACUGGUUCUAAAUGAUAGACUAUAGAAAACAUUUUUGUCAUAUGAAGGUAAAUCAGUCCAUUAUUUUAGAUCAUUUAAACUGAACAUUACACCUUCUGGGCUUUGAUUUAUGAAGUGGCACAGAAUCUAACUUUGCACUGAAUAUCUUUUCAUUCACAUCUCCUCUGCCUUAGUCACAAUGGCAACAGUACAGAAAAUUCUAUCAAACCUCAGAAUAUAGUAGAAAUAAUUAAGCUGUUGAAUGAGUCUUAAAAAUUAUACUACUGUUAAGUGGACCAAGUUUGGUGAAGCAGAAUGUGACAAAGGUUGAUUAAGGAAGGAACAACUCAAGGACAUUGGGAAUGAUAACUUUUCCACUUGAGAACUACUUUAUGUUUUACUGUAAUGUUUAAAGUUUUUUUGUCCUUUUUGUUAUUUUGCAAAAGAAAAUAGUAUUUACAGGUGGCUUCUUUUAAAAUAUAAAAAUAUAAAGCAGGAAUGUAUAUGAAAUGUCAGAUUUUAUUGUAUUUGCAGAGUAUUAGCUUUGAAAUUGAAUAAAGAAAGCUGUUUGUAGUUUUAAAAUGCCUUAUUGGUAUCAAUUAGAAAUUUCUUCUAUUUUUUGAUGUACUUAGAGCUUUUUGAGUGUAGAAUUUUAAAUGGCAGGAUUUUACAGUGUUUACAUGCAAGUGCAUUUUAUAAGUGUUCUAUAUGUGUAAAAUAGUAUUUUCAACUGGAAAGUGUUGGCUAGUGCAAAAGGCCUGGCCAUUUUCUGGUUCCCAUGAUGUUGCCUACACUGCUAGACUACAGUUUAGUUUCGCUUUGUAUCAUGAGGCCAAGAAAUUCCAUGUUGUUUGUAAAUAGAAUAAUUGAAAAAGCAAUAAACAUUUAUUGAACAAAAGAAA